AUGUGCACGGAGGAAGGAAAAGUAGGAUGCGGUGGAGCAAUAAGGGGAGAUGGUGGAGAAUGGCUAAAGGGCUUCUCGGUGCAACUAGAAAGAUGUGGGGUGAUGGAGGCCGAGGCGUGGGGUGUCUUGGUAGGACUGAAACUAUGCAGAGACAUGGGAUUCGAGAAAAUUGAAGUGGAAAGUGAUGCGAAGCAAGUGGUGGACCUGUUAGUGCAGAACAAAGAGCGAUGCCGAUAUAUUCAUAUUUUCCAGGAAAUUCAUGAGAUGAUGCAAGGGGAUUGGCAAAUCAAAAUCAAUCAUGUCUUUAGAGAAGGAAAUCGAGUAGCGGACAAGCUUGCUCACCUUAGUCUACAGAUUGAAUCACCAAGAAUCAUCUGGGACACUCCACCGCCUGAAGUACGGAGUAUACUCGAGGAAGAGUUAGCUGGAACUAAGUUUCCCAGAAGAGUGCUUUCUGUUUGUAAUGGUCGUGUAAUGUAA